AAGAAGACGUCAAGACGUCAAGACGAUCGAGGCACGGACUGUACGCUGUUAUCCUCAAAAACUUCACCAAGAUCGGUGUUGGACCGGCGAACACUUUAGGCCUGUUAUCAGAGGACUUGCUAAUAUGAAGAAAACGGCCCAUAGGUUCCACCUGAGAGCCGGGACUGUCAAAUAGUAAGUCAAUGUUUCCGGAUUCGGACAUAGCUAAGACAUUCACCUGUGGCAAGGACAAAACUGGUUACAUCAUGAGAUUCGGGCUUGCAACCUUCUUUAAGCAGCAGCUCGUUGACACCAUCAACAAAGCGGGCCCGUUUGUGUUAAUGUUUGACGAGUCUCUCAAUCAGUCAACAAAGAAGAAGCAACUUGACGUACAUGUUCGUUUUUGGGAUGAUGACUGUGUCCAGUCCAGGUAUCUGGGCUCUCAAUUCCUGGGACACGGAACAGCUCAGGACCUGUUGCAUCACAUUAAAGAGUGUGUUGCAAAACUGAAUAUGAGGCAGCUUGUCUCCAUCAGUAUGGACGGCCCCAAUGUUAACUUGAAGUUGGGAGACCUUCUUCAGAAGGAGCAUGCAGAGCUGUAUGGAGUUCAACUGGUCAAGGUUGGAAGCUGUGGGCUUCACACCCUCCACAAUGCAGUGAAGGCAGGCUUUACCAUGUGGCAGCUGGACAAGCUCCUUCGGGCACUCCAUUUCCUUUUCCACAAUGUUCCUGCUAGGAGGGAGGACUUCACUGCCUUGACUGUGUCCACCUGCUUUCCGCUGCCAUUUUGUGGCCACAGAUGGGUGGAAAAUCUCCCUGUAGCAGAGAGGGCAGUUCAAGUUUGGCCAGUGAUUAUGAAGUACGUGGAUGCAGUCAAGCAAAUGAAGCACAAGCUGAUCCCCUUAUCAUUGCCAAACUCCAGUUCUUCCUGGCAAUAUCCAGGACCUUCAACCCCUUUCUGACCAAAUACCAGACCGAUGAGCCAGUUUUGCCCUUCUUGGCCAAAGAUCUGAGUGAGCUGCUUAAGGUAAACGAUAACAGUAAGGCCUAAUUCAACUGAAUAUGAUAAGUCUAUAUUAAAUAGUCCUGCCACUAAUUGCUUGCUGUAUCCUCAUAAGAGUCUACUGAGAUGUUUUUUGAAGAGAGAGCUCCUGCAUGACCUCACCCCCCUGCAGCUGACCAAAGUCAAUGUGGCUGAUGAGGCGAACUGGGUCCCAGUUAUGAAUGCUGAUAUAGGCCUGGGCGCUGAAUCUGCCAU